CUUGAGGUGCAUAAAUACUGCCUUCAGGGCACAAGAGAAGACAGACAAAUCAGGACGAGAAGACACAAGAAGAUUGCAUGCACUUUUUCUCCCUGGAAGACUGUUUUUCUAGUUUUGAGUCUAUUUUCUUUUUGAAGUUUACUUUUUUCUAAGCUUUGCUUCUUGGCUUGAAACUCUAAACAUGAGACUUGGAGUUGUGGUGGUUCUGGUUCUUGGAACCUGCUCUUUGAGAGCUUGGUCCGCACCGCUCAAAUCUGUGUUUGUGACGUUCCCUGGAGAUGUGAUCAAGAAUAUGACGGACAAUCAGCUGGCAGAAGAAUACCUGAAGCGUUAUGGCUACAUAGAUGUCCUCCAGAAGAGCGGACUGCAGGCAGUCGUGUCCACUUCUAAAGCUCUGAUGAAGCUCCAGCAGCAGCUCGGGCUCGAGGAGACGGGGUCGCUUGACCAGCCCACCAUUGAUGCCAUGAAGCAGCCUCGCUGUGGGGUCCCAGACAUCCGAAACUAUCAGACAUUCGAAGGAGACCUGAAGUGGGAUCACACUGAUGUAACAUACAGGAUUUUGAACUAUUCACCGGACAUGGAAGCCCCUUUGAUCGAUGAUGCCUUUGCCAGAGCUUUCAAAGUCUGGAGUGAAGUUACCCCUCUGACGUUCACACGCCUCUAUGAUGGCACUGCUGACAUCAUGAUCUCCUUUGGGAGAGAAAAUCACGGAGAUCCCUACCCUUUUGAUGGGAAAGAUGGACUGCUGGCUCAUGCCUACCCUCCAGGUGAGGGAAUUCAAGGAGAUGCCCAUUUUGAUGAUGAUGAAUACUGGACCCUUGGAUCUGGACCAGCCAUUCAAACCCGCUAUGGUAACGCCGAGGGUGCAAUGUGUCACUUCCCCUUCCUGUUUGAGGGAACAUCCUACUCCUCCUGCACCACAGAUGGCCGCACAGAUGGUAUCCCCUGGUGCGCAACCACUGCAGACUACGACAAGGACAAGAUAUUUGGCUUCUGUCCCAGUGAGCUUCUCUUCACGUUUGAUGGGAACAGCAAUGAAGCACCGUGUGUUUUCCCCUUCGUGUUUCUGGGGGUAAAAUAUGACUCAUGCACCACGGAUGGACGAACUGAUGGGUAUCGUUGGUGUGCCACUACAGCUAACUUUGACACUGAUAAAAAGUAUGGAUUCUGCCCUAACAGAGAUACAGCUGUGAUUGGUGGAAAUUCAGAAGGAGAGCCAUGUCAGUUUCCUUUCAUCUUCCUGGACAAGACAUACACUUCCUGCACCAGUGAAGGCCGUGGUGAUGGAAAACUCUGGUGUGCAACUACAAGCAACUAUGACACAGAUAAGAAAUGGGGAUUUUGCCCUGAUAAGGGAUACAGUCUGUUUCUGGUGGCUGCUCAUGAGUUUGGUCAUGCACUUGGCUUGGAUCACUCCAAAAUUAAAGACGCUCUGAUGUAUCCCAUGUACAAAUAUAUAGAGGAUUUCUCCUUGAAUCAGGAUGACAUUGAAGGCAUUCAGUAUCUCUAUGGACCUAAAACUGGCCCUAAUCCCACUCCUCCAAAACCAAAGACCACCACUUCCUCUCCGGUUGUGCCAACCAAACCCACCCCAAGUGAAAAAACAACCACUGUCUCCACCACAACACAUGUAGGUCCAUCACAGGAUGCCUGCGAAAUCAAGGAAUUUGAUGCCAUCACUGAAAUCCAGAAAGAGCUUCAUUUCUUCAAGGAUAGGCAUUACUGGAAGAUCUCAAGCAAUGGAGAACGCAAAGGCCCUUUCUUGAUAUCAGAGAAGUGGCCUGCCCUGCCAGCUACCAUUAACAGUGCCUUUGAGGAACCCCUCACUAAAAAGAUCUACUUCUUUGCAGAUAAACAGUUCUGGGUUUAUACUGGAAAAGAGGUGCUUGGGCCACGUAAAAUCGAGAAGCUCGGCCUCCCAAGCGACUUGGACAGAGUGGAGGGAACUGUGCAGAGAGGAAAAGGCAAGGUGCUCCUGUUUAAUGGAGAGAACUUCUGGAAACUUGAUGUGAAGGCUCAGAUGAUCGACAGUGGAUACCCUCGAUCCACCGACUCAGUUUUUGGUGGAGUGCCCAUCGAUUCACAUGACGUGUUCCUCCACAAGGGAUUCUUUUACUUCUGCCGGGAAAGUUUCUACUGGAGAAUGAAUGCCAAAAGGCAGGUCGAUCGUGUCGGUUAUGUGAGGCACGACCUCCUGAAAUGCUAAGAUGUGCAGUCGCUCGGCACAGUGAAGACGUCCAACAUCCUAACCUGAUGAUGACAGAGCCCUUUUUAAUAGGGAAACCAUUUCUCUUCUGUGUAAAAUGUAGCGAGGAAGGCACAGACAGAAUGUAUUAAAUUUUAAGUCCUGUUUUGGGGAUUUUGACUUUAACUGUUAUGGGAGAAGAACAGUUUUAACACUGAAAUUAUCGUAGGCACAUGAAACGGGAUGUUAGGCAUAUUUGUCUCAUUGUCUGUCAGCUUUAACUUGGUCUUAUAAUUUAAUAUUUCAGCUUACUAUAUAAAUGCUUUGGUCAUGAUGAGUUUCUUAACAGCACAUAGGAGAAACUAGAAUCUUGUUCUAUACAACUGCAAUGAGGCAAUGCCAGUGUAACUCGACUUUGUGUUUGUAAAUGUAUGAGUGGAGUCACCACAGGAACAUUGUAGCCUUGAAGCAUUUGUUGACAACCAAGCCUCUAUUCUCUUUGUUGACCCACUCAGAUGUUUUUCAAAGCAAAGGUUUAUUUUUAGCCUUAGAGCUAAUGUUGAGAUGUUAUUAAGCCCAGAUUUUGGUGUAUUGUGUAAUCAUUUGCCUGGUGUAAAUGAUAAUAUUAAUAUUAUUAAUUUAAUGUUCCACUUAUUUAUAUUGUAUUUGUUUGCUGCAUUAUGUUUACUCAAUAAAUUUGUAAACAAGACCAUUCAA